CCGCGCCCCAUCACCCUCCUCCCCCCUCCCCCCUGAUCUCCCUCCCUGCUAGUCCCCUUCGGAAGCCUUCUCCUGUCUGUCCCUUCCACCGCGUCAGUGCCGUUCUCCCGUUUUCUCCCCCCGCGUCCGGCCGGCCCUCCCCUCCGCACUCCCCACCCCCUUCCUUUCUCCUGCCCCCAUUCAUCCAGGCAUGGGCUACGACGGGUCCUCUGCCCAGGCGAGCCCGGCUGUGCCGGCAGCCACCCCGCCCUUGCACCCCCCGAUGCUGGGAGAUGGCGACACUUCCAUUUCCUUGAACGAGCAAAUGUACACCGCUCUGUCGAUGCCGGUGUCGCCGAGCCAGGCCGAUGUCUCCUCGCCGGCAGUGCCCCCCGACACCGCCAUCCCGGCGGCCCGCUCCGGCGCCGCCCCGGCUGGCGACGCGCCUCCCGCUCGCAAGCGCGAGGCCGUUGUCGAUAUGGUCGAAGAGGAGCCGGUCUUCCAGCCCAGCUCUCGCUCCGUGCGCAUCGACGUGCGAAACCUCAACUACAUCGUGCAGCCCGGGCUGGACCUGGACGCGCAGGCCAUCGGGGCGGUGUUGACUCGCGGUCGCCGCGGCAUGCCGACCCCGCGCAAGCUCCUGGACGACGUUUCCAUGACGGUCCUGCCGGGGGAAUUGUGCGCCGUCAUCGGGUCCUCCGGAUCGGGCAAGACCACGCUGCUGGAUGUGAUCGCCGCGCGGCAUCAAUCCGGCGGCGGGAUGUUCGCCGGGAGCUCGCUAUCCGGCGAUGUCCUGCUGAAUGGACUGCCCCGGACGACGGCCCGGAUUCGAGCCGUCGGCGGGUAUGUGGCCCAGGAGGACCGUCUCCCGGCCGAGCUGACCGUGCGCGAGGUCCUGUCCUUUGUGGCACGCAUUCGCAUGUCGCGCGACAUGCGCGACGAGGAGAAGCUCCGCCGGGCGGAUGCGGUGGCCGCCGAAUUGGGGCUCAUCCAUGUGGCGCACACGCCGAUCGGCGGGUCGGCCACCGUGCGCGGUGUGUCUGGAGGCGAGCGUCGGCGUGUGUCCAUUGGCACGCAAUUGCUCCUGGACCCGGCGGUGCUCUUCGCCGAUGAGCCGACCUCCGGGCUAGAUGCAUACACCGCACGGCAUGUGGUGUCCACUCUGCGUGGCUUGGCCCGAGCCGGGCGCACCGUUCUCUGCACCAUCCAUGCCCCGCGGGCCGAUGUCUUCCGGAUGUUCGACAAGGUGAUGAUCCUGUCCCAGGGCCAGGUGGUGUACUUCGGGGCAGUCGAGCGGGUGGUGGACUACUUCUCCAAGGCCGGGCAUCCGUGCCCCAUCUACAGCAAUCCCUGCGAUUAUUACCUCGACUUGUCCACAGUGGACUUCCGCUCGGAGCGCCGGGAGCGCACCUCCCGCGCGGUGGUCAAGAAGCUGGUGGAUUACUACCGGGCCAACACCAAGUUCGCCACCGGGCACCUGCCCGAGGAGGAUCCCCUGCAUCAGCAAUCCCGCGCAGAUGCCAAGCUCCGGUUGAUCCAGGCCUCGGAGCAGGAUGCCAGCGUGGCGGCCGACAAUGCGGCCCUGGCAUCGGCCUCCGACGGCAGCAAGGGCAGGUCUCUCUUCUCGCGGCGCAAGUCCGCGGCCGCCGGCGAUGGUGGGGACAUCCCGAUGGCCGACCUUUCGCCCUCGCUUGAGGACACCUCCCCGGCCAAGGUCCUUGGUGGGUCGGAGGAGGACUUCCGCGCGGUGACCGGGGCCUCGGUUCUCGAGCAGUUCCGUCUGCUGUAUCUGCGUUCCGUGAUGUUCCGCUUCAAGGCUCGCUCGGCGCUGUUGACCGAGUUUGGCCAGACGCUGGCCAUGGGCCUGGCCGUGGGUGUGGUCUUCUAUGCCCUUGGCAGUGACCAGGUAUCUGUGCAGGAUCGCUUCGGCUUGUGCUACAUCGUGUCGACCCUCUUCCCGUUCAUGGUCAUCCUGAGCACGGUGGCGAAGUUCCAUGCCGACCGGCCGACCUUCUAUACCGAGCGCCAAGACGGCCUUUAUCGGCUGUUCCCCUUCUACAUGGCACGUAUCUUGGCUGAUCUGCCCUUCGACAUCGGUUUCUCCUUGCUGUACUCGAUCCCGAUCUACCUGCUGGCCGGGUUGGAUCUGGAGGUGGAUAAGUUCUUUGCCUUCCAAAUUGUGAUUUUCCUCUGUAUCUACGCCAGUCGGUCGAUUGCCGUCGGUGUGGCCUCCAUGGUCCCGCGCUUCCAGCAGGCCUCCUUCGUGGCGAAUUUCCUCUUCACCAUGUUCCUUCUUCCCUGCGGGUUCAUCUUCAACAUGGACACCGUCUGGAUUGGGAUUCGCUGGCUCAGCAACAUCUCCUUCGUCACGUUCACCUUCCAGGCUCUGUCGGUCAAUGAGUUCCGUGACCAAUCCUUCGAUUGCCCAGCCCCACCGGUUGGCAGCAUGGACGGCCAACUGCCGCCUGGCUUCGAGUCUCUGACGCCGGAGCAAUUGGCACAGUACGCUUCUGGCGAGUUGACUUCCUGCCCCAUCCCGGAUGGCGAGUCGGCCCUGGAGUUGUACGCCAUGAGCAGCGUCAAUGUCCUGCACAAUGGCAUCUUCCUGGUUGCGGUGACCGUCUUCUUCCGGACUCUCUGUUUCCUUGCCCUCAAGUACAUCAGCCAGCGGCCGCGGUAAUCCCCUCUCCUUUCUGCCGGGCCAAGCCCCGAUGUCCAUGUGCGCGCGUGUGUCGGCCAUAUGGGCGGGAGUUUGCAAUGCGCCGCACGCAGGGGACCAGGCAUGCUUCUCCUGCGGCUGUGGAUUUCCAAAUGUGCGCCUGAGCAUGUGCGCGUGCAUCCAUCGUAUACCCCUCAGUCGCCCACACUUGCACGCACCGGGCCCCUGAAGGCGGUGUAUGGAUCUGUGUGCCUGUGUGCCUGUGUGCCUGUGUGCCUGUGUGCCUGUGUGCUUGUGUGUCCGCCGCAUGUCCGGUGGUUAGGGUCCUAGAGCGCAUGGUGUAUCCCCUCUCCCUUCCCCUCCUGUUAUUUCGUUAGUUGUAUUUUAUUGCUUGCGCGCGUCUGCAUCGGGGACAUCGGUGCCUUUGCCAGGAAGUACCCAUAUGUUGAUGUGCAAGAGUGUGGGUGCAUGCGCGUCAGCCCCACCUUCCUCCCCACCUUCCUCCCCACCCUCCUCUCCACCUUCCUAUCUUUCUCCCUCUCUCCCUCUCUUUCCCGCCACAGUCGGACGCAUUUCCCAGUUUGCUAGUCGCCAUCCAUCCUCUCGAUGGCGAUGUUUUUUUUGAUGCGGUUGUUAUUGUUGUUUCCGGUGUCAAUGACACAGACAUUACCUGUGUCCUCUUGCUCCUCUCGCCCCGAGAGCGAGCAUUUCAAUAAAGCACCCUUGAUGAGACA